AUGUUCAAUAACAGGCACUGGGUAUUCCAACAAGAUUCGGCGCCAGCUCAUAGAGCGAAGAGCACACAACACUGGCUGGCGGCGCGUGAAUUCGACUUCAUCCGGCACGAAGACUGGCCCUCAUCCGGUCCAGAUUUGAAUCCGUUAGAUUACAAGAUAUGGCAACACUUGGAGGAAAAGGCGUGCUCAAAGCCUCAUCCCAAUUUGGAGUCACUCAAGACAUCCUUGAAUAAGGCAGCCGCCGAUAUUGACAUGGACCUCCAAUCAUAUUUUAUUUUAUAUCCAAUAUUCUUUUCAUUAGCAAUGGCUGUCCGUCUUCAUAAAUUAUUUCAAUACAUUGAUGGCUUCAAAUCUGAACAUAACCUGAAAGGCUUUCUUCAUGUGGGUAAUGACUACGCAGUUUUCCUCAGAGUCCCUAAAUCUCACGACCAGUAUCUCAUUUACGAACUAUAUGAAACAAGACAAGCUAGGGAUAUCAACACGGACAAACCGAACCUACUUGCAAUAUCAAAAGUACCUGUAAACUAUAUACGUGAACAACUUAACACGUUUCAUAUUGAACUUUAUAAAUCGAAAUAUGAAGAUAGUAAUAUUAUUCCUGGAACAAAUGUAAAGACGUUAAGGGAGUGGCAAAUAGAUCAAUCACUUUCGUAUAAUAAUACAAACGGCUUGAUUUUAGCUGACCAACCAAACAUACUGCGAACUGUCUUGUGA